AUGUCAGCAAGCAAAGAACGCGUGUUUGUUACUGGUGCAACUGGAAAUAUCGGCGGUGAUAUCGUUCGCGGUCUCAUCGAAAAAGGAAUCAAUACAACAGCAUUUGUACGAGAUGAAAACAAAGCAAAAGAUUUGUUCAAAGAUGAAUGCAGCACUGGACGUUUGAAAUUCGUCGUUGGUGAUUAUUCGUCCGUUGAUGCAUUUACAAAAGCAAUUCAAGGUCAUACUCGUCUAUUUCUUCUAUUCGCUGCUGUUCAUAGUAAACCAACAGAUAUGAGUGAAGUGAAGGAAACCUUCGCGAAGAUCGCUUUUGAGCAAGGUGUUCGACAAAUUGUUGAUCUCUCCUCGGCUUUUGUCAGCAGCUACGGACGAAAAGGUAUCAUUGGUUAUAUGCACACAGCAGCUGAAGAAAAGCUUUGGAAACUGGCAGACGAAAAUCCAGCACAACGUUCUCUUGUAGUACUUCGUCCUGGAACGUUCAUGAGCAAUCAUUUCAUGAGUGAUGUGCACCAGAUCAAGAGAGCGAACAAGCUCGUCUCAUGUGGAGCACCGUCAUCAGUAGUAACAUGGAUCGAUACGAGAGAUAUCGCGGACUGUGCUGUAGCCGUUCUAAGUGAACCCGUUGACAAACAUGACCGGAAUAUCUAUGAACUUGGCACUGAAGCUUUAAGUAAUGAACAGCGAGCAGCCAUCUUCACGAAAGUUUUAGGUAGACCUAUUACGUAUGAACAACAAUCAUACGAAGACUUAUAUAAAUUUUUGACUGGCAUGGGUCUACCGCAUUCGAUUGUAUAUAACUUUACAAUGGUGGCUUCCAAAAAUAUUUGUGAUACUACUACUCCUGAAAUCGCUCUUAUUACCGGUCGACCACUACGCACACUUGAACAAUGGAUCAAGGACAACGUUAAAGCGUUUCAAUAG